AUGUCGGGAGAGGACGGCCCCGGGGCGGGCCCCGGGGCGGCGGCAGCAGCGGCCCGCGAGCGGCGGCGGGAGCAGCUGCGGCAGUGGGGGGCGCGGGCGGGCGCCGAGCCGGGCCCCGGGGAGCGGCGCGCCCGCACCGUGCGCUUCGAGCGCGCCGCCGAGUUCCUGGCGGCCUGCGCGGGCGGCGACCUGGACGAGGCGCGCCUGAUGCUGCGCGCGGCCGACCCCGGCCCCGGCGCAGAGCUGGACCCCGCCGCCCCGCCGCCCGCCCGCGCCGUGCUCGACUCCACCAACGCCGACGGCAUCAGCGCCCUGCACCAGGCCUGCAUUGACGAGAACCUUGAGGUGGUGCGCUUCCUGGUGGAGCAGGGUGCCACAGUGAACCAGGCGGACAACGAGGGCUGGACGCCCCUCCACGUGGCCGCCUCUUGCGGUUACCUGGACAUCGCCAGGUACCUCCUGAGCCAUGGGGCCAACAUCGCUGCGGUCAACAGCGACGGGGACCUGCCUCUGGACCUGGCCGAGUCCGACGCCAUGGAGGCGCUGCUGAAGGCGGAGAUCGCCCGCCGAGGUGUGGACGUGGAGGCAGCCAAACGGGCGGAGGAGGAAUUGCUGCUUCACGACACAAGGUGCUGGCUGAAUGGGGGCGCCAUGCCCGAGGCACGGCACCCCCGCACGGGCGCCUCUGCCCUGCACGUGGCCGCCGCCAAGGGUUACAUCGAAGUGAUGAGGCUGCUCCUCCAGGCUGGCUACGACCCGGAGCUGCGUGAUGGCGACGGCUGGACGCCCCUGCAUGCCGCGGCCCACUGGGGUGUGGAGGAUGCCUGCCGCCUGCUGGCGGAGCACGGCGGGGGCAUGGACUCGCUGACCCACGCGGGGCAGCGUCCCUGUGACCUGGCAGACGAGGAGGUGCUGAGCCUGCUGGAGGAACUGGCCCAGAAGCAGGAGGACCUUCGGAACCAAAAGGAAGCUGCCCAGAGCCGGGGCCUGGAGUCCCAGGGGCCCUCCAGCAGCAAACACCGAAGGAGCUCCGUGUGCCGUCUGAGCAGCCGCGAGAAGAUCUCCCUCCAAGACCUGUCCAAGGAGCGCCGGCCUGGGGGUGCAGGGGGCACCCCCAUCCGGGACGAGGACGAGGGAGAAGAAGCCCCCUCAGAGCCAUCCCCUGCAGAAUGCAGAGCCCUCAACGGGGUCUCCUCCCCGCCGCCCUGUAGCCCUGGGAGCCCCGUGACCCCCGAGGAGGCCGCCUUCUCCAGGCGCUUUGGCCUCCAGAAGACGGGCAGCUCCGGGGCUCUGGGACCCGCGGACUGGCGCGGAGCUGAGGGCGCUCCGGGGGCCGGGCUGCAGCGCUCUGCAUCCUCCUCGCGGCUGGAGGGUGCAUCCACUCAGGGCCGGGAGCCCCGUCUUGCCAGAGUCCCCCCCACCCCCUCCCAGAAGGUGCCGGAGCCCUCUUCCCCGUCUGAGAUCUCCAGGCCUCCUCCUCCCUUGGGUAACUCCACUCCUCACCCCAGGACCCCCGAGCCCGAGUCCCCGGUGAAGCCCCAUGUCCCCGUAGCCUCCGCAGCGCCCCCAGCGGACUCCCGGGACCGCCGGAGGACCUACCAGAUGCCAGUGCGGGACGAGGAGUCUGAGUCUCAGCGGAAAGCGCGCUCUCGCCUCAUGCGCCAGUCCCGGAGGUCCACGCAGGGUGUGACCCUGACGGACCUGAAGGAAGCAGAGAAGGCCGCUGGAAAGGCCCCGGAGGCAGAGAAGUCGAAGUCGAGCGUGCAGAGCCUGGACCCUUCCCGGAGACCCCGAGUCCCUGGGGUCGAGAGCACUGACGGCCCUGCCCAGAGAGCAGAGGCGCCCGACGGGCAAGGGCAGGGGCCGCAGGCGGCCAGGGAGCCCCGCAGAGUCGGCAAGGAGUGGAGGGGCCCUGCCGAGGGGGAGGAGGCGGAGCCAGCGCCGGCCGACCGCAGCCCAGAAUCCAGCACUCCCGAGGGCGACCCCUCAUCCCGCAGGCAGCGGGAUCUCAACCCAGACCCAGAGCCGGACCCGGACGAGCCGGACGGAGGCUUCAGGAAGCUGUACGCCGAGCUGCGCAGUGAGAACGAGCGCCUUCGCGAGGCCCUGACGGAGACCACCCUGCAGCUGGCGCAGCUCAAGGUGGACCUGGAGCGCGCCACGCAGAAGCAGGAGCGCUUUGCAGAGAGGCCUGCCCUUCUGGAGCUGGAGAGAUUCGAGCGCAGGGCCCUGGAGCGAAAGGCAGCCGAACUAGAGGAGGAGCUGAAGGCCCUGUCCGACCUUCGGGCUGACAACCAGCGGCUCAAGGAUGAGAACGCAGCCCUGAUUCGUGUCAUCAGCAAACUCUCCAAGUGACUCCGGAGGAGCCCCUCCCCUGCACCCAUAUUUAUACAGCUGCUUCUGCCACACGCACCCCUUCCCCUGCGUGAGCACUAGUGACAGGGCUCCCGGGGGAGUCUCUGAGAAGCCAUAACCUCCGCUCGGGACCUCCAGGCUGGGAGGGGAAUACAGAGAGCCCAGGAGCCAAGGGGGCCCCAUCAGAGGCCAGGAUGGAGGUGGGAGGCCGAGCCAGGAAGGGGGACGUCGCUGAGCAGGGACUGGGGCUGGAGGUGGGACCAGGAAGGGACCGAGGACCAAGAAGCACCGAGACCAGGAACCAGGACCAGAGUGGCCGCCCAGAGGUCCCCCUCUCACGUGUGAUGUCACCCUCACCACCCCUCCCGCUCCGGAACAGGGAUCCGAGAAUGUGCCAAGAGCCCCGCCGGCGUCGGUCAGGUGGGCCUGUAUAUAGGGUCCGCGUGCAAUAGGGAGGGAUGUCUUCUAUUUUUUGCAGCCCCCUCCCCGCCCACCGUCCGGGGCAGGGGGAGAAGGUAUUUUCGAGACAAAGCACAGGCACCACAAAUAAAAGUCGUGAA